AUGUCAAUUUAAUUAUAUUUCAAUCCAAUCUCAUAACCAUCAAGAGCUGUACAUGCAUUAUUGGUACUUGGUAAAAUCCCCCAUGAUUUGCAUAACAUUGAUUUGAUGAAACAAGAGCAAAAUACUCCAGAAUAUAGAAAAAUUUCACCAACUGGUAAUGUGCCUUCUAUUGUUGAUGGAGAUAUUGUCUUGUUUGAAUCACAUACAAUAUUGAAAUAUUUAGCUAAGAAAUUCAAACUAGAAAAGUUUUACCCAUCUGACAUUGUUGAAUAAGCCAGACUUGAUUAAUAUCUUGAUUGGCAUCAUACAGGAACAAGAUAAAUUACACUAACAGCCAGAGAUUUUGUAUUCUAUCCAAAAUUCUUUGGAAAGCCAGCUCCAGAAAAUAAAGAUGAAAGAUUCAAAGAAUUAGAUUGGUAUCUUAAGGCCUUUGAAGAGAUCUUCUUAGGUAAUGGAAAACAUCAAUACAUCUUAGGAUUUGCCGAACCAACUAUAGCUGAUUUAAGGUAAAUAAUUAUAUAAAUUUUUUAGUGCAAUCUGUGAAUUAGCAACAAUAUUCAUGUUAAAUAUUGAUCUUGCUCCUUAUCCACAUCUUCAUCAAUAUAUUAAACAUAUGCUUACAAUUCCUGAAGUAAAAUAAGUCCAUCAACAUACUUUUGGAUUUACUUAAAAAUUCACAGAAAACUUAAGAUAAGAGUAUGUCGAUCUUAUCUAAUGAGUU